CACAACAUGGCGGCCUCCAGUGACACCAGUCAUGUCAGCGGACGCGGAUCACGCCGAGCUCCACCUUCUUUGAGAGACAUUGUGCAGAAGCUCCGCACUGGAUCCUCUAGUAAUUUGGAGGAUGGAUUACAGAUGAUUCAGGGCCUAGUUCGUAAAAAUAGAGGACUGGAGGUUGUUGACGAGUUCCGGAGGUUGGGUGGUUUGGAAGAAAUCGUGCAGGUGGUCAAGUCGGACAGAUGUGACAUCGACAGGAAUGAGAAACUAACGGACCUUGCCCUGAGUGUAUUGGCCACAUGUUGUAGAGAACAGGAGUCGAAGAUACGGGUCCAUGAGCUUGAAGGAAUACCAGCAAUAGUUGAAGUGUUGAAAGCACACACAUCAGUCAGUAUCAUCAAUAGAGCAUCUAGGGCUCUUGCUAACCUAGCAGAAGUCCCUAAACUAUGUGCUGAUAUUCAUCAUAAAGACAUCAUCCCCCAACUUAUCAGACUGCUGAAGGAAACGCCUGAUUCCAGUUGUCGACAAAGCAUCCUUCGUUUGAUAAGGAUACUUGCAGACACCAAUCAGCAUGCUUGGAAGAUCCUACAGUCUGAGGGAUUAUCGGCUGUACUUAAUUGCCUAGAUUCAGAUGACAUCAAACUCAUUGGUUGUGCUGCUCAAACAGCUGCAGAAUUAACCAACCACCUGGGAUCGGGACAAAGCACUGAAGCCCUUAGAUCCUAUCAGGAGGCCGGCAGGCAAGCUGUUGAAGACAACAGGGUUGAAGUUUUAGUCAGGCUUCUGUCUCACUCCAAGCCAUCUAUCCAGGAUCAUGCCCUGGUGGCAUUACUGAAUUUGAUGGUAUCUGAAGGGGUCAGGGUCGCUGCUGGUAAGGCAGGUGGGGUUGAGGUCUUCAUAGAACGUGGCAAGGCCACCACAUUCCCCGGCUGGGCUACAUACAUCCACUGUCUCUGCUUCUGCUGUCGAGAGGCCGUCAACAGAGUCCGACUCAGGAAUCUGGAAGGUCUACAGGUACUCCUGAACAUCCUGAAGAGCUCCAGUGAAGACUGUGUGAGACUUCAUGAGACAAUUCUGGUUGCCCUGAUGGAUUUCUACUACGAUGAGCAAAGUCUGAACUACCUGGCUGCAUGUGGGUUCAUCCAGGUUCUUGUAUCCCAGCUUAGACAAGAAGUAAUGACAUCAGCUAGAAGUGGUAGAGAUGAUUUGACAGAGUCAGAGUUUGAUUCAUCGAUGUCAUCCAGCAGAUGUACAGAUGAUGUCACAGUGACGGGGGCAUUCCCCAGUACUUCAAGGAAAAGGGCAAGAUCCUUCAGUGAAGGUCCUGACAAGAAACAAGUCUGCAAUGUUAAAUCGUUCAUCGGCAUGCAAGCUUGUUCCUCGAAGGACACACCACUGCCAGGACCAAAAGCCAAAAAGACCUGCUUGUUGGCUCCAGCAAAGCCACAAGAUGAUGCCCAAUCCAGGAUGGGACUCUCUUCCACAGCAAUGUCUGUCACAAUUCAAGCCACAGAGAUGAUGGAGGAUGAAGACACCUCAUCUUCUCUACCUUCUUCAAGUGCUUCAGGAAUGUCUCCUGAAUCUUCUGCCACCAACUAUCAGUCCUACAUCAAUCCAGAGGCGACCCCUUACUCACCUCCAAGUGUGGACUGGGAGUGGUUCUUACAGCAUCGUGAGCAAAUGGGCCAGGGGCUAUCUCCUCGAAGCUUCUCAAGUUUUUCUUCUCCACGGUCCCUCAGCCCACUUAGAUACGAUUUCUCACCAAUGUCAUCCCCCCAAUGGUCUCCUCAGUGGUCACCACAACACUCACCCGAGUACUCACACCAUCAAGCUCCCCAGUGGUCACCUCAACAUUCCCCUCAAUGGGAGCCCCAGCCCUCACCAGACCAGAGUGACCACCUCUUUCCACAACCACUUCAAGAAAAUGAGUCACCAGUCUCUGAGAGCCUCUCACAGACUUUGUCGAGCAAACCCUCCACAUUAGAGAUAGUCGCCCCUGACGAACCCCCUACAGCAUUUGGCCACUUGGAGUCUGUUGGUGCUAGCUCAAAAGAUGUUCAAGGCAGCACUGCAUCAAUAGCAUCAAUGUCUGAGGAAGCCCCAGUCCACAAAAGCUUGAUAAAGAGUCAUCAACAGACUUUAACUGACUCCCUCUCACAAGGGUCGACUUUGCAAGCCGUUUGUAAUCUCACUCUUGAUGAGAAGGCAAAGAUUUCAAAAGUAGGAUGUGCCACUGAUAGCCUUCUUACGGAAAAAGAUAUUCUAAUGACAGGGUUUGCUAAGAGGCUAGACGAACAUGUGACUUCCAUAAACACUGCUGAAUACGGUCAGGAAGCUGGCACUUUCAGGGAGCCUCACUCCAAGAGCUUAAGGAUGAGAACUGGGAGAAAUAAGACCACUUCGGUUCACCGUCAGACUGCAGAUGCUCCAAGCAUGGAUGAUCCAGAGUCAGACACAAACAUGCUCUCUUUCAUGGGGUCAAAAGAACCAAAGGAAAAGAUCCUUGUGGACAAAUUUGAAAUAGACAUGGAGAUUCGCCGAGCAAAAGAGGAGGGGAAACUUAGGAGGAGAGAGUAUGCUGCUGUGACAUUACUUUCCCGAUAUUCCCACAUGGAUGAUCCAAGCACGCACAUGGCUAGGGAGUCAGUGGUUUCUGUCUUGCUUGACUACCAGCCAAGCUCAGCCUACCUGCAGUCUAAGAGCCAGCGGACCCUACACAGGAUCUUGAGGAACAGGCUUUGUUUCGAGCAACUCAUCAUGGAGCAUAUCCCUAUGCUCAUUGCUAGGAAGAUGAUUGAAAGAGAGAGCAAGAAGCUGGCCACUGCCAUGGAAACCAAUAACGUAAACUCCACAGUCAAGAGAAGUCAAAGCACAAAUGACUUAAGGAGCAUGCAGAGCAGAGCUGCCCAUGGUGAAAUCAAGACUUCAGGUGGCAGCUCACAAGAGAUGAGAGAUCCAAGAAAGAUCAAGCUGGAAACAAGCCACUCUUCAGUGUCUGAGCCUAAGACCACAUCCACAGAAGUAGCAUCGUCCAGGAAAAUCUGGCCGAGGAGAAAGGAAAGUUUCGAUUCUGAUGUAGUCUCAGAUUUCCUUGAUGACUCAGCAUCAGACACAACUUCAGUUUGCAGUUUGGAUACUGUGGAAUCGGAACAGUCCCAACUGUGGGGAGACACGGCAUCACCCCUGUAUCCCCUUAUGGUAUCAACUUGCCAGUUCAGGCAAGGCACCAUGCUCCGCCUCCUCAUGUCCAAUUCUUUCAAGGGAAAGAUGGCCUGCGUCCUAGCUAUACCUUAUAUAUGUCAGACAAACAGCCUCAAGAGAAGACUUCUUAUCAAGCACAAAGGCCUUCAAAUUCUCCUUGAUUUUCUUCGCAAAGAUACCAUCAUGCCAGAUACGUUCAACAAGGCUGUACAAUGCCUAUUUGACCUCUCUACUGCAUUAUUCUUGAAUCCAGAUGAGACAGAAACCAUUCUAAAAACUGAUGAUAGAAGUAAUAUCAGAACUGUCAAAGAGGUUCAGUCGCAAGAGCAAGGUUGUUGCUAUGAUGCAGUAGAACAGCAGGCAGACACCAAAUUGCUGGUAGAUCAGGAAGAAGCAGUCCAAGCACACAGGAGUAUCCUCACCAAGAGUUCAGAAUACUUCACCUGUCUCCUUGAAGGUCCUUACUUGGAAUCUGGUCAGAGCGAGGUACCCCUUAAAGAGAUUUCCAAAGAAGCCCUGACUUUGAUCUUGCAUUCCUUGUACGGAUGUCUCCACCUGCAGUGCUGCCACAUGAACGAAGUCACAGCCAGUGGGGACAAAGUGGUCUUGGAGGCGAUUGCUUGCUCGGGUCGGUUUCUUCUCUGGCCAGUUCAGAAUAGGUUGUGUGACAUCAUCGUGGACUCCCACAUCAGUGCUGCCUCUGUAGUGAGCCAUUUCCAGUUUGGCUUGAAGCACAACUGCUCCAAGCUUACCAACGCCUGCUUGAUGUUCAUGCUGACAAGUGGCAAGGUGACGCAUGAGCACUUUCAGGAACUUGUUGAGAGGGGCUGCGCUAAUGAUGCCUUCAAAACAAUUGAGAGAAUGAUAACUGAUGCACUUUUUUCCAUAAAUUAAGAAAUUUGUCUACUUAUUAUGACCAACACUGCGUGUGUGUGUAUAACCAAAAUUAUAAAUUAAUUUAACUUUACUACCUGUUUACUACCUGUUUUCAAUUACAUGUACCAGUAUUCAGCAAGGCAAAAUUUAAUUGACAUUAAUUUAUUUUCUAUUAUGUAAUUGUUUUCAUACCUAUUCCUCUCAGAUUCUUUCCACUACCAAAAGGUUGAACUUCCAUGGUUCAAGGGUCCAUUGGGUGGCGCUUGAGUUUGUAAUUUGGUCUGGCUUAUCCAUUUAUGACUGCUUGGCAGUCCAAGGUCUGAUACCGAAACCGUUUCAUUACAGAAUUGAAUCAAAGUUUUUGUCUACUCCAGGGUUCUGUCUUUUCAUAGUGCCAGUGCUUCUUAUUUUACAACCUGAAACAGAGUUUCGAGAGCCCACAAUGAAAAGUGCUUCUUCCUUGACGUCUCAUGAUGUCUCAUUUCCACAGUUAGGAUAGACGGCCUUCUUCAGGUUAUCAAAGACAUAUUUUUAGUUUCAUAUUUUCACUGGAAUAGUCAUCCUUUUGGUUUUGAUAGCUUUACCAGUGGCUUUAAGUAAAUCAUAGGUUCAAAAGUUCAGCUAGACUCUGUGGUGUAAUGAUCCAGUGAUAAAUGAAAACCUUUGAUUUGUUCAGUAUCCAAACUAGUUUUCCGUGGACUCGGCAUGUUUUACCGAGCGAUUUAAGCAGAACGACGGAGUGUUUUUGACUCCACUGUUUGACUUGGCCGUGUAGAGACCCAUUGCUUUCUCUGAACGAGACUGUCACCAUUGUCCAGUGUGGCGAUUAACUGUGGAGUCGGAUGUUGAUAAGCCUUGGAAGGUUUUGACUCUCUAGACAUUUUGACGUGCUCUUCGUUUCAUUUGGGGGAUGUUUUUGUGUUGUUUUUGUUUUAUUUCAGCAUCACCUAAACCUCGUACAAUUCUGGUUUCUUACUUUAUCAAUAAAACAAAUUGAGCGAAAAGAAGGAUGUAUUAACACAUUAACAAAGACAUGUAACAAUGUCUCCAUUUUUGUUGACUUCCUCAGUUUAACCGUUCUCUUUUUCAGAGAAACAUCUUACUGUCCAGCAAUGUGAAUCUCGAGGUCUGAAUCUGAACAAAAAGGUCAAUUUAAAUAAAGGUAACAUGAAGGACACCAGGA